AGCUUUCCCGGCUUCUCACAAAACAGCGAUGGGUAUAAUGUUAUCCUUUCAUCGAGUUCUAUCGCAGAUAAAAUUCUGUUGGGGAAGUCUGUUGGCGUGUCUACCGCUACAGUUAUUUGAUUCCAAUUCGCUAGUAUACAAGACAUGUUAACUCGAAUCUAUGUUGGGGUAAAUUUUCAUAGACGAAGGUUGACAUAGACGAUAAUACUCGCCAACAAACCCAUUUUCUUGAAACCAUAAUUUGUUUACAGUAUAGCAAAUGACCAUUAAAUUACUUUUGUCAGAUUCCUUAUUAAGUGAAGAAAGUUUUGAAGAAGUGCAGUGUCCUAGAUUAAAUUUACAUUACAAAUGAUAAGCCAGGCUAUUAUUCAGAAACUAUUCAAACCAAUUGUUUCCUAAAUUAGAAAGAUCUAUUUUAAAGGUACAUAGCUUCUUGACUUAAAAAAUAAUUUCAAAAAUACCAUGUUGUUUUUGUAGAUACAUGGAGCUAAUACAAACUAUUUCCAUUUGAUAAAUCACAGUUUGGGGUGUGUGUUAACUCAUCUUGCUGUACAACCUCUUUGCAAUAUCAGACACAUUACAUAUCUGGAUGCUGCUGGGCCAAGGUUUAAAUCAAUACUAAGUUUCCUGCGGCCAUCGAAUACCGACGCUUAUUUCGUUGAAGCAAUGCAUACUAAUGGAGCUACUUCAGAAAAAGAAGGAGAAGGAUUACUACCGCCUAUUGCAGAUAUCGAUUAUUAUCCAAAUGGAGGUCAAUUGCAGCCAAAAUGUGUACAGGGAGCAAGAUUUCGAACUGAGCCUGGAUAUAUUGAUACGGUGACAUCUCAGAGUAAAAAGAAUAGUUGUAACCACAAUCUGUCAUUCUUCUACUAUAUUGCCAGUUUCAACAAAACCUGCCAAUUCUUAGGACGCAUCUGCGAUAGUUAUGAAGACUAUAUCACAGGAAAAUGCUCCAGUGCACCUGUGUGCAGAAUGGGUUUCUAUUCCAAGGAGUUACCAAAUCUCCCUGCCCAUUCUAAAUGCUACCUGAAAACUUCAGCCGAGUCUCCUUACUGCCUUGAUUAAUGCAACAGCUACAGAGUGUCCUAAAUUAGAUUGAUGUUCUUAAAAAAUUAUAAUUAAAAUAAUGGUUAAAACUGGUAAAUAAAUCAAUAACUGUUGUUUAAAAGUCA